AUGGCGGGGCCUCCAUCGCCCCGCAGGCCCCACCGCCGCCCUGGUGUGCCGCAGCUCAUCACAGGGGAACUCACCGGCCAGUUUGAGUUUGACCGAGCAACCGAGGAGCCCUCCCUGUACACUGUGAAGGCCCUGCUCAUCCUGGACAGCCUCGGGCAGCGCCUCCUGGCCAAGUACUACGAUGGCACCUUCCCCACGGCCAAGGAGCAGGCGGCCUUUGAGAAAAGCAUCUUCAACAAGACCCACCGGGCAGGCGGGGAGAUCGCCUGUCUGGAGGGACUCACCAUCGUCUACAGGAGCAGCAUCGACCUCUUCUUCUACGUGGUGGGGGGCUGCCAGGAGAACGAGCUGAUGCUGUCAGCCGUGCUCACCUGCCUCCUCGACACCCUCAGCCACCUCCUGCGGAAAGAGGUGGAGAAGCGCCUGCUGCUGGACAACAUGGAGGGGACAUUCCUGGUGGUGGAUGAGAUCGUGGACAGAGGGGUGAUCCUGGAGAGUGACCCCCAGCAAGUCAUCCAGCGCCUCAGCAUGCGGGCCCCGGAGCCGGCACCGUACGGCUUCGUCCUCUUUGAUUACCUGGCAGGUGGCUCGGAGCAGAGGGACAGGAGGGACGCUGGUGGCCAGGAAUAGGCAGAGCCGAGGAGGGUGACGAUAACCCCCUGUGUCCGAGCGGAGCAUGUCCCAUGUCCUGCAGCCACCAAGGAGAACAUCAAACCAGCCCUGAUGGUAUCAACAGCACCGGGGUCUCCCCUCAGAGGGACCAGCUGGAAAAGGGGGGACCCCAGCACCGGGAGACACCGGGACACACAGACCUUCCCCUGCAUCCCCCGGCUCCAGCCCCAGCCCGGAUCCCCCACACGGCCCCUCCGCCUCCAGAAGCCCUUCACCAAGGUCUCGUAUCCGCCCCCAGCAUUAAUAAUAUCGAGGGGAAAAUUAAGCACUAAUGAAGGAGGAUUGAUUCCCCGCUCCCACUCGCUCCUGGCUGGAGCCGCCUGCAAAUAAAGUUUUUCUCCCCA